UUCUUCCAUAUAUACUCAAUACCCCUUGUGAAAUUCUAUAUGAACUGAACCCCUCAGGCUUUCUUCCAUAUCUUUCUCCCAUUCUCUCCCCCCUGAAAAUGAGUAAGUUAUUGCAAGACUUAUGCAAUAAAGAAGCAAAUUUUUCAAAGUUUUCCGAUUCUCUUCCUGCAAAUGGAGGCAAUGGAACUUAUAGCUACUCUAACAACUCAUGUUAUCAGAGAUUAUUUGCAAAUGUUGAAAGAGAAAAAAUUGAUCAAGAAAUUAAAGAGAAGUUUGAGAUUGUAAAGCUCGCUUCUUCUUCCCCUUCAAAUACCGUUGUUCUUGCUGAUUUGGGUUGCGCGGCCGGACCCAACACCUUUGGGACGAUGCAACAUAUCGUAAAAUCUAUGAAAGAGACGUUCCAAUCGGUCUGCCCUAUCUCGGUGUUACCUGAAUUUCAGGUGUUCUUCAAUGAUCAGGUGACGAACGACUUCAACACGCUAUUUCAAUCACUUCCGGUAGAGAGAGACUACUUUGCAGCAGGCGUGGCAGGGUCGUUUCACCAGCGAUUGUUUCCGAGGGCGUCGGUGCAAUUCGUGCAUUCUUCAUAUGCAGUGCACUGGCUAUCAAGGGUGCCAGAGGAGCUACGGGACGAGCAAUCGCCUGCGUGGAACAAGGGGCAUAUCCACUACCUAGGGGCUGCGGACAUUGUGGCGGCGGCUUAUGCAGGUCAGUUUGCCAAGGAUAUGGGAGAUUUUCUUAGGGCUAGGGCGGAGGAGAUGGUGAAAGGAGGAAUAAUGGUGAUUAUUACAUCAGGAAAUCCUGAUGGAAUUUCUGCUUCUCAGUUACCAUCUGGUUUGCUCUAUAAAGUUUUGGCCUCCACUCUCAUUGAUAUGUCAAAAGAGGGAUUAGUGAGUGAAGCUAAAGUGGAUUCUUUCAAUCUGCCCAUAUAUAUAACUUGUCCAUCAGAAAUGAGGCAAUUGGUAGAAGAUAAUGGGAAUUUUAGCAUUGAAAGAAUGGAACUAACAGCUCCAACCACAUGGCUUCAAGGAGCCAUUGACACUAGAGAGUGGAUCAACCAUAUAAGGGCUGCAAUGGAAGGCAUCUUCACCCAACACUUUGGCCAUAACCUCACUUUCAUUGAACAAUUAUUUGAAAGGGUCAUCCAAAAACUUAAUCAUCACUAUGAGGAAAUCAACUCUAAGCUCCAUGAAAAAGUUCAGCUCUUUGUUGUUUUGAAACGAUUGUAAGAGAAAAAAAAAGAGAUAAAAAUUUGAAUAUUUGAUCUUUGAUCUCGCGUUUAAAAGGUUAAUGUCUUAACCGAUUGUCGUUUGGACGAUUGUGAUUCCAAGUUAUCAGUUUUUAAUAAUGUUUGUGACGUUUAAAUCUCUAUCAUCUUGAUUAAUUAUAAUUUAUAAUAACAAUUGUGUGUUUAAGUGUUUAUC